GUGUUUUAUUAGAUUGGUGGAUGGGGCGAUGGUUGGAUUGGUGAAUUGGUGGUUGGAUAGGUGGGUGGGGAGAAGUGUGGUUGAGUGAGUAGAUAAUUGGGUGAGUGGUUGGGUGAGUGGUUGGCUUGGGUGAUUGAUUGGAUGGGUGAGCUGGUCGUAACAGAUUUUACAGGUCUUAAUGUAUAAUCGUGGCUGGGUGGAUGGUUGCUUGGCUUGUUGGGUGGAAGGGUGGUUUCGCUGGGUUGAUGACUGAGUGGUUGGGUGGUUAGCUGGGUAGAUGAGUGUCUCGCUUUGCGGUGGAAGGUAGCUGGGUGGGUGGAGGAGCGGCGGUGUCAGGGAGGGUUGGGGCGGCCGCUGGUUGGCUGUUGACGCAUGAUACAGCAGCAGCAGGAGCAGCAGCAGCAUUAGCAGCGGGCAGCCCUCUGUAGAGCACGUCUCCAUGCACGCAGCUGCUGCAGACAACGAGAGGCAACAGCAGCAGCAGACAGAUUUCAUUUGUAGCGAAAUGGGCCCCUUCACGGAUAUCAAGGGCCAGAAGCCCCAGUCGCGAUCUUGUGCUGGGUCAUCGCGGAGCCGCAUACCCCGCCUGGUUUCCCGGCACAGCCCCGACGGUCCUGAUGAGGGAGGGGGCACCACCACACCGUCCUCCACCCCGUCCACCCCGGCCACCCCGGCCCAGGUCCCGGGUCUCGCCGGCCCACCCGAGCGCUCGCGGCGCCGAGAGCAACGCAGCGGCUCCUCCCAGUCCGGUGGCGGCGGCGGCGGUGGUGAUGAGGAUGACGAGGGCGAUGACACCGACUGCAGCAGCAGCCACAUUUGGUCGCCCGCGCAGUCCAAUUCCAGCAGCCUCCUGACGCUGCAUGGAGACCGUAGUGGUGGUGGUGGUGGUUGUGGAGGAGGUGGUGGUGCAGCAGCAGCAACAGCAGUGGAACCAUCAGCCCAGCAGAAACGACCCCGAGACUUGUCCGGGCAGAUCACGAGUGGAGGAGUCCGGAGAUUCGGCUCGGGGAGAGACCCCGUGUCACGACCACAGCCCACAGGCUGCGAGGCGGACAUCAGCUCGUCGGGCAGCACCAACAGCGCGUCGUGCAUGUCCCUGUCGGAGCACGGGGCUCGAGGGGCUCGCAUCACAGGGGCCCAGUCACUGAGAACCCCGUCCCCUUGUCGGGGUCUUGCGGAGACCCCUGCGCUAACCCGGCCCAGCCCUGGCCGUGUUCCCCCUCCUCUUCCUUCUCCUUCUGGCCUCAUCGCGAGUUCAGUCGCCGGCUCCGCGAGCGCCCGGCCCAGCGCGCUGCCUCUGCUCCUCCCCUUGCGCUGCGCGGCGCCUCACAGCCUCGCGCUCGGUCCACGUUCUCCGGCCAAGCCCCUGCCCAGUCCCACCACGGGCUCCCCCCGGGACGGUCCCAUACCUCUGCUGACCCUGCUGACGGAGACAACGGUGGGGUCUGCGGACCCCCAAACGGGGGGUCUGGUUUCACCCCCUGGGCCCCCUACAAGGGGCUCUGGUCUCUUGGCGUUGUCUCCGGCCAGCAGCAGCAGCAGCAGCAGCUCCAGCCUGAACCGCGUGGGCGACGCGUCCAGCCCGCCGGCCAGGAGGUGGCGGUACCCCUCGUCCUCCGAGGGCCACGGGGCCCGCUCCACCAUCCCGGAGCAGCACCUCACCCCGCUGCAGCAGCAGCGCGACGUCACCAUCCGCCACCUUCGGGCCCGGCUCCGUGACAGCGAGGGCCUCCUGGGGCACAGGGAGCGGGAGGUGCAGGAGCUCAAGUCCCAGCUGGAGCGCAUGCGCGAGGACUGGGUGGAGGAGGAGUGCCACCGCGUGGAGGCGCAGCUGGCGCUCAAAGAGGCGCGCCGCGAGAUCCGGCAGCUGCGGGAGGCGGUGGACGUCAUGGAGGUGAGCCUGCACGAGAAGGACCAGGGCCUCCAGAAGUACUUCGCCGACAUCGGUCUCCAGAACCGCAAGCUGGAGGCGCUGCUGCACAGCAUGGAGGUGGCGCAGGGCGGCGCCCGCCAGGACGGGGCCGACGGCGGCGAUCACGAUGCGGCGCACAGCCCGGUCUCCCGCGGCGACGACCUGGGCUUCGCCGACGAAUCGCUCACCGCCGAGACGACCGAGUCGCUCGGCCGAGCGGGAGGGGCGGGAGUGGGAGCAGACGGCGGAGACGGAGGAGGAACACGGGGGGCGGCGGCGGCGAUGGACAUCGCAGCUCCGCGGAUCGCCGUGGCCGCAGCCGCCGGUGUCCUGCGGCGGGGAGUGGCGCGCGGCUCUCUCGGCCUGGAGGUGUCGCUGCUGGAGGAGAAGAUCGGCCGGAGCGAUCGGCAGCAGGAGGAGGAGGAGGACGUGGGGUUGGGCGUCCUCUCCAUCCGGAGCCGUUGCCGCCCGUACAGGAAGUCGCCCACGUCGGCCGAACUCGGCGUCCAGGCCGACAUCGUCAUCUGCGACACGGGGCCUCCCAGCUCCUCGUCGUCGUCAUCAUCGUCCGCCGCCACCACCGGCGGCGGCGGCGUCUCCUCUACGAGCGACGGCAAACUCGUCGACCUCUCGCAGUCUGACCCGACCACCAUCCUCCUGGUCUCGCCCUCGUCGGGCACGGGCCGGCGCCGCUGCCGCUGCGUGCCGCCCCGGAGACGUCUUCUCCUCGGCACAGCGGCCGCCGGCGGCGGCGGCGGCGGCGGCGGCGUGUCGCCGAACAACGACGACGUCGGUGUUCACUUCUGGAGCCGCCACGCCGUGCUGGACUGGGCGGCCGUGGCGGUGCCGCUCGUGCCGACGGUGGCCUGGCUCGUGAGCCGGCACCGCGCCGGCGAGCUCGCUCGCCAGGAGCCGCUCUACAACAUCGCGACGGCGCUGCGCGGCUGCUGCCUGCUGGCGCUCUCCCGGCUGAGGGUGGCGCCCCAACAGCUCUAGGCUGCCGGAGUCGGCGGUGUGGCCGCUUGUUGAGGAGGUUCGUGGUGCGAGCCCCCCCUCCCCCCCUCCCCGCUGGCCCCCACUUGCCCACGCCGGUCGCCCCGGUUAACACCGCGGUGUUAACACCGCAGUGUAAUACCGCGGUGUAUAUACCGCGGUGUUAACACUACGGUGUAAAUACAGCGGUGUUAAUACCGCGGUGUGAACCACGCAAUACCACGACCCGCCGUCCGCUUUGCAGCGGAAGUGAAAGAUCCCGUGACGUCACGGUCCAUAUUUGCCAACUGUUAAGAGACAAAAACGAAUAAAUAACUUUAUUGGACUCGACAAUGUAACAAACUUAGCCCCCUACUGGCAGACAGCGCCCACGUGCAGGCCGGAGCUGCGUUCACCUCGUGCCGCACAGGGACAGCUAUCAGCAGGGGGGUCCCCGACGUUACUGUCUGACGAUUCGCUCCACGUGCUGGGAGCUUCUUCGGAACUGGGAGCGAAACGUCGGACAUCGAAAGCUGUACGUGGUUUAACCCAAAAGAAGAUACUUAAACCCCUCCCCCCACCCUCCUCCUAUCCCCCUGCCCCGCACCGUCCCCAUCGCCACAACUAAAUAUCCGUAUAGACAGAGGGGACGUGUCUCUCCUGGUGCUCCCGAGCAUCUCCAGCAUCUCAGAAUCGUGACGAAGUGGGACAGUGGUGGCACAGUGGUGAGUGCACUGCACUGGGAACCUGGCCUCCUCCCGACUUUGCCACCUGGCCAUGACUAAACUCGUCAAACUAAAUCACGUAAAUCGUGUCUGUCACAUGGCGGUCAAGGGCCCCCUCGGCUACAACGCUUCUAUUUAAGAUAUCCCAGAUUUAGGUGCACUUGGAAACGUGUCGUGAUUUCAUUCGCCCCAACCCCCCCCCCCCCCCCCCCCUUGAAGCCAGUUUUAUAGCUCCACUCCCAACGAGGUAUCUUGGUGGCAGGCCUCUAGUGUGGUGGCCUGCGAGGUCCCUGCGUGUCCCCGGUGUGUGACUGUCUUUGUUGUGGGUUGCAGCCUGAAAAUGUACGACGGCCCUUGUAAUAAGUAACAGGCAUAGGUUGAAGCGAUCCAUGCAGGGCAACCAAACGUCCUGGUUCGACCGGCACAGUCCCGGUGGUCUCGGGGAUGCUGUGGUCCCGGAAUCCUCGAAGGUUUUCGUGAAAAUCGGGAUUUUGUCGCUGGCUUUUAAAUGUUACCUGAGCAAGUGGGCUGAGCUGCCAGAGCAGUGGGCGGGGCUACCUGAGUCGUGGGCGGGACUACCUAAGUCGUGGGCGGAACUAUCUGAGUCGUGGGCGGAGGCUCCUGAACAGUGGGCAAAACGUCGGAGAGAUGGAGGAAGCCCCCACUCCGUGUUGGCGGUACUGGUGAAUAUGUGGGCGUGGUUAUGUAAAAGUAGGCGGGGCUGAAGUAUAGGGAGGCUGGGGCUGCCAGUUUGCCGUCAUUUCUGGUUGAGCUUCCCAUAGACUUGGAAGCUUUUCCUCAACCCCAUACACUCCACUCAUCCCCUUCCCCUCCUCACCCCUCCCAUCACACCCUGACCCCCCAACUUUUUCCACACCACCCCCUUUGGCCAGCGAUUCGAUGAAGUGUCACGAUUCAGGCUCGUGGUUCGAAACCAGAAUUAAUUAUUUUUCUAAUUUCUGUAUUUUCUCAAAUCGUGCAGUACUGCUUGCCGUUUCGUUCAAUCUAUCGGUCUCAUUGUAACAGCAUAUCAUUUGCAUAUCGUUUGUUCACUUCGUGAGUAAUCAUUUCUGAUGGUCACGACUUGAAGGCAUGUUACCAUAAGCAUCAGAAUCGAAGUUGAUGCACAAUGCAAUGCCUAAAAUGAAAUAAUAUUUCAGCCCAUCAGCCAGUUGGCCUGCUCGGUCAAUAUUUUCCAGCUACAUUCAUUAAAGCGGGCAAACUUUGAACCGGGUUUCACUUUCCAAGCCUCACGAGCAGCGAUUUGCCACCAACACGCCGUGUCACAAUGUUGCUGUACUGCACUGCACGGGACCCCACUGCGUUCGUGGAUGGCUCUUGCCUACAACGCAGGAUAGCCCAGAGACAAGUUCUGAACGGGCCCCACCCCCUGCUGACGAUGCUUGCACAACUUGCAAACCCGUACACAAUCCCAUGAUGCAUUUGACAACUUAAACUAACGCCUGUUGGAAAACCUCUGGUGCGUUUGUCUCGUGGGCUUGACGAACAAAAAAAUGUGUUCGAGGGUGAAUGAAAUAAUCCGUGUCUAUUAAAAUUGUAACCCCUCCCCCCCCUCUGUCAAUCCACUGCUGGAUGACGGCCUUACCGUGUCGGUCACGGGGCUUGGGCGUGAAGUCUGCUCCUUUGCGCUGUUGGCUUUUGGUCCGAUAUCCCCAAGCGCACAUCCUCUCCCUCCUCCUCUUCAUCAUCUCAGCCGUCUCCUAUCGAGUGUUCAUCUACACCAGGGCUUGAGCACGGUGUCCCGAAUGACGGCCCACACGUGAAAUGACACCAAACUUUAGCUGUUGUUCUCAGCUACUUAGAAGGCGACAAGAGGUGAUCCGAGUGCGCAAAAACAAUAAGAAACACGGCUUUUGCCGGGUCAAAAUUACCCCCCUCUAGUACCCGAUGAGUGCGACCAAGACGCCUGCGAUAACCGAUGCGUUUCGUUUAUGUUGGUCAGCUGUCCUGGAUUUUGUUCGCCGGCAGUUGAUGUCCCGGUAAAUCUGUAACUCUUGCCAAGACGUUUAAAGUCCAGGUGUUUGCCAAUUGCACAAUGAUGUUCAUCGCACAGCACUCUAGACAAAUGUGUUCACGUGCGAGUCCUCCCCUCUCAUCGAGAGCUGCUCCUCCUCUUCCCGUGAUGUGUCGCGGUUUUGUUUGCACCUCCUCGGAGGAGGCGGCGGCAACUAUAAUUGGUGAGGCCUCGUGCCGUUCAAGAUGAAGUCGUGGGUCGUAUCUGGCUUACGGGGCUUUGCGUUCCCCAUCCAUGAUCUACAUCUUGGCCAACCCAUCCUCUCCUAUCCCCCUCUGCCUUGCAAACUCCCGUACCACCUUCCAAAAUAAUUCGUAAAAUAACAAAAAUCCAUCCUCUCUUCCAAGCCCCAUCGGUGUGCAUGCCUACCCCCACCCCCUUUAUUCGUACGGCUGUCUUGAAAUGCGGUCGUGUCAAGACGCUGUAUAGACUGUAACCUGUAAGUGUGAGACCUCGUCUGUGUCGGUGUGAAUAUUUACGGUUGCUUGCUAACACAAUUUGAUGAGCCAAAUGUAUCGUGUGGAUGGCGCGAGACCAUUAUGAAACCUGGGUCUCCGUGCAUGUGGAGGGUGAUCGAAACUGUGUGGAAGGAGGGGGUAUCAGCAACGUGGUGAUUCAAAAUAGAUGUAAUCAUUGAAGAGAAGGUUGUGGAUUGGUUGGACACGUGUGUGCAGGAUGUGGAAUGGCCGGUUACAGAGACGGACGUUCGAUUGGCACCUGAAGGUCUGUGCCCAAGGGAAGAGGACAUGGCCCAGUGGUGGUGGUGGUGAUGAUGAGACUGUUAAUAGUGGCCCUUGAAUUAUGCGUCAACUGCGCAACAAAGGGGAAAGACCUGAAGCCCAGACGGAGACAACAACGGUUAUAGCAGCCCCUGUAAGGACGUGUCGACUCUGCAACGAGGUGGAGGAGACCGAAACUCGGCUGCAGAAGAUGACCUCGAUGAGUAGACUGUUGAGUGGACCUUGAAGGUCUGGGUGUCUGCUGUGCAAUAGCUGUGGGAACUGGCACAAUGAAGGAAGCUAUGGCGGGGUGUGGUGGCACAAGACGGUAUUGCUUGCUACGACUUCUCGGUCUUCAUUUAAACUGCAUGCCUGAACUCGCCAGGACUGCAACUGCGAUCUAUGACGAUGCACUAAGGUAUUUGAUACAUUUACUGCAUGGUUAAUGGUGGGAGGGGGGCGCUUUACGUAAUCAUUUGGGGAAGGGGGGGGAUAGGGGGGAGGUUCGGGGACCUUAAUAACCACAUGGGCCCUCCUGCUCAUGCCCGGUUUUGUCUUUCUCCCAAUUAUACAAUUAUAUUCCGAUUGUAGACCGCUGUGUCCGCUGUAUCAUGAUCGCUGUAUCAUGAAGCAUUGCGUCAACCGGUGUUGGAGAACGACCUUGGAAGAUGACAUUGCAGAGCUACUUCCGAGGUCCUUUCAAAUUGCCUGUUCUGUUCUAUUCUUGCGUAUGAUGGCAAUAUGUUCUCGAGCUAGAUGCCAAUGUCGAGGUCGGUCUGAUAGCUACGGCGAGAGGGCUUCAGGGGGAGAGUUCGUGUCGUUUUGAUGUUCCUCCGUUAAAGAAGCACACAUUGGAGUGGCUUACUGUGGUCCAUAGUGCAACAGUGGUUUGCUGUGGUGCCCCAUGGUACUAUUAUGGGCCAGAGUACAACAAUGCUUUACUGUGGUCCAUAGUAAACCACUGUCGUCUGUACUUCUCCAAAGGAGGAAUUUCCCGUUAUCCACACGAGGUGGUGGUUCACUCUCUCGCACGCCGUGCUGUCGAGGCGUUCCUUGAUGGUAGUCAAGACUAAUAUUUUAUAUUCAUUCAUCCAAGCUGGAAUUUUGCCAAAUGUAAGUGAUGAAUCAAAUUUAAUUAGUUUUUUUUGUGUAUGUGUGUGUGCUUGGUCAAUGGUGAGCAGGUUGAGACCAUUAACAAAGGUAACUAGCUAAAAACCACAAACUCGGUAUGCGAGUCUACGGGUCUUUCUGUGAGUCUACGGGUCUCUCUGUGAGUCAUUGAGUCCACAGGCGACUGAAAUCUGGAUUUGAAGCCAGCUUCUCAGCAGGGCCGGCCCAAUGUCUCUGACACGGCCAUUCUGAACCCGCCCCGAGCCACUGGGCCACCUCUGAUCGUGACCCGUGGACGACCUCAGUCACGGAGGUCGUCGCCCAGGCUGUGACAUCCUCGUUCACAUCGCCCUUACCUGGAAAACAACCGGAACGCCCUUGGCGUUGGGAAUCUUUGUUUCAUUAUCAUGAAUGCGUUCAAAGUUACAUUCGUGUCACGGAAUGUGUUUACAAAAAGGCACAGCCUUUAAAAAUUAUGUAUUUGGUGUAUUUUUUAUAUUUAUUUAAUUUAUUUGAGUUGUGACCAGAAAUUGUCGUCUGGGUCUUUAAUUUGUGACCCCGUGGGGUCAAGUGAAGUGGAAUGGAGCUGGGUCUCCCGAGACCGUCAUGAGCCAUCAACCAUAGUCAGAUCACCACCAUCUCAAAUAAUUGGAAAAUAUCAGCAUCAUCAUAUCAUUACCAACUAUCAUCACAUUUCAAGCUUCACCUGUCCACCAUUCAUAACUACCAAUCACAACUGUCACCAUCACUGAUAAUUAUAUACAAAUCACCACAAAUCAUUAUUAAAUAUCAGCAUCAUCAUAUCAUUACCAACUAUCAUCACAUUUCAAGCUUCACCUGUCCACCAUUCAUAACUACCAAUCACAACUGUAACCAUCACUGAUAAUUAUAUACAAAUCACCACAAAUCAUUAUUAAAUAUCAGCAUCAUCAUAUCAUUACCAACUAUCAUCACAUUUCAAGCUUCACCUGUCCACCAUUCAUAACUACCAAUCACAACUGUCACCAUCACUGAUAAUUAUAUACAAAUCACCACAAAUCAUUAUUAAAUAUCAGCAUCAUCAGUGGCAUAAUCACAAAUUACCAAAUGUCUGCAUAAUCAUCAACAUUGGCAUCACCAACGAUCAUCGGCAUAGAAUCGUCGUCACCCACAAAUCCUGAUCACCCACUCUUCAUUCUGAUGAACACAUCACCAAAUGUCAUCAUCACCAGCACCACCACCAUCUUUGUGGGUCAAUAAAACAAGUAGGGCCCCUCCGCUUUGCAGAAAGUUGACCAACUUUGCGGUUGUACUGUGGAUAUAUUGACCCCCGUCCAUGGGAACGUGGAAUUGCACCACGGAGCUCGGAGCCUGCCACCUCGUUUGACGGUGUGGGGGCUGGCUGUAGGUGUUCACGCCGUGUCGUGCCGUGGCAUUUUGUCUGUGUUCAGUAGCAUCUGGUCUUGACUGUGUGGGCCCUUGCGAUAUAACCCUGAGCUCAUUGAUGCCUGCCAGUCGCUCAUUCAUUUGCUCGCGCCUCGAUGAUUUACUUUGUAACGAUAGCAACAAAAACGGACGAUACAAUACGCAGCACAUCGUGGCAUACCCGACUGGCUGGGCACGGAUUUGCUGCUUUUGUACGUGUACGUAUGUUGAACUUCUUUCACGCACCGCACGUUCGGCGAAAUUAGGCGAAAACAAUGGAACACGCGAGCACCUGUAGGACAUGUGAUGUUCGCACGAAAAAAGGGUGACGGACAUGAGAACUCCUUCGAACACACAGGGCGAUGCUUCGCCGUUGCUUUAACGAGUGCGCGAAUGCACGCGAGGUGUAAGGGCGCAAGUCCGCGUGUGAACGAACACCGAAGGCACGCGACUGCUGUAGACCGCGUGCGGCACUGCACCAACGGCCGGUUAAGUGGUGCGGUCGGAUAUGCGACGUGCCCCUUUAACAAAAAGCGUACACGGUUAACUCUCGAUUAUUUACCCAGGUUUGCGGAUCUAAGCGUGCCUCGCGGGUAGAAAACAAAUGAACGAGUGGAAUAUCCUCACGCUACUCUCCCACCCCCCCACCCACCCAACGACGGUCAGGGAGUCGGUGCCCACGUCGAGUGGCAACACGUGGGCAGGUAAAAAACAAAAUCUCCCGAUUUACGUUUAAGAAACACGACGGUGGGACUCUCGUCCCGGUCUCUCGAGUCCCCACCAGGUUCAACAACAUUAAACUUGAACUAUAGGUGGCGGAUCUUAUUACGCAAUUAUGUUCUUGUAGGCUAAUUUUACACACGUGGUGUUAUUAUUACACGUGCGUCUUGUUUCAAACUGCCCAACCCCCUAUCCCCCCCCACCCUCCUCCUCACCUGACCCCAAAUAAUCGAGAGUUUACUCGUUUAUUUUGCUCGUGUCUGCAUUAUUUUGUGACCGGAAAAUAAAAAAGCAACAAAAUAUAAAACAAUCGAUGUGGACCGAUUAAAAAAAAAGAUUCAAACACCAAUCAGAACGCGCAACGAUCAAGAAUAAAAAUCAUGUACGGCC